AUGGAGGCACCGCUCAACCCGCCAGUUCGCAUUCAAGCCGUCUCAUCGGUUCCCAUCUCCGUCAAAGCGACUGAAAAACACAUCGCCGCCUUUUUGGACGAUUUUCAGAUGAGGAGUGCGGCGAGUUUGGGAGGGAAUACCGCUGUUACGGUUCAACUCAAGAAACUCAAGGAGGCGCUGUAUGAGGAGAGGAAAUCUAAGGAUUGA